CAGCCUCGGGGGCCGCCGGCUCCGCGGAGCCCUGAGCGGGGAGCGCUCUGACUGCCUCCCGGUAACGCCGGCAGGGCGGGGGCAGCCGGCAGCAAACCGCGAUCCCCGCGGCCUCUGGUUUUGAUGUGUUUGCCGAGGCUCCCGGUGUUGGGUGUUGGAGGGGCGCUGAGGGCCGGGCUGUGGGCUAACCCCAGGUGUUCCGAACCCGGCUGGGGCAGGCACACGCCUGUGUGUGGGCACAGGGAUGCAGGAAGAACGCCAGGCUGGGGAAAACUUAGAAUCGCAGAAUUAUAAAAUAUGAAUUUCUAGGCCCCCAGAAAGAUCACCGAAAUCCGUUUCGUGGCCCUGCACAGAACAGCCCUAAGAUUCGCACCACUGAGAGAGUUGUCCAAAAGCUCCUUGAGGUUGUCACGCUUGGGGCCGUGACCCCAUCCUUGGGGAGUCUGUUCCGGUGACCCUCAGCCCUCUGGGUGAAGAGCCUUUAAAAUCCAGCCUAAACUUCCCCUGCCACAGCUUCACUGUUCCCUCGGGUGCUAGCACUGGUCGCCAGAGGGCAGAGAUCAGCGCCGCAAAAAACGUGGAUACACUUGCUGGUUCUCUCCGUGAAAUAUUUUAACAGAGUGUCAGUGGUAGAAAAAUGAAAACAAACAAACAAAAGAUUAAAAAAAAGUACCCAGUCACAGUAAAUAAAUGUGCUUUAUUUCUGAACUUGCUAUGCUUGCAUGCUUUAAGGCUUCGUGGCGUUUGGGAAUUUAUUCCACAUUGCGAGGUCCUUCAGCAGCUCCGCAGCGGUGCUUGUAACGCGCUGUGUCUGUGUUUGCAGGGCCUGGGUUUCCGUCCCCCUCCACACUCGCACAGCGACUGGAUCGGGCCCCCGGACAAGCACUCCAACCUGCGCCCCGUCAUCUUCUACGUGCCCCCCGAGGAGUCGGCGCUGGAGCGGCGCCUGCGGGAGGCGCGCCAGGAGGCGCAGGCCAGCAACCAGCGCUUCUGGGCACGGCACAACCGCGCCUUCCGCCAGGAAAAAGAAGAAUUUAUUUAUUCAAGACUGAAAGCCAAGGGUCUGGAAAUGAGAGAUGAAUCAGGGAAAGGCACAGUGAUUUUGCUUACAGGUCUCAUCCUUAGGCUGGUUCCAGGUGUGUUGUGACUGCUUGAGACAGCAGGAGGCAGCAAAAAUGUCUGCAUGCAUCUCCUGAGGCUGCCAGGAGGCAACGAGCACCAGCCCAAGCCGGAGCAGCCCUGAAGCCACUGUGAUGGACCAUGUGUGGGAUGAGUUUGCAGCAGCCCCCUGCCAGUCCAGGCUUUCUGGCACUCAGCAGUGCUCUGCUCACACUGCUGCCUCCAAAGAACCCACUGAUAUGAUUCAGCUGCAGACUUGGCUGUGAUACUUCCAUCAGCUGAGCCAAAACACAUUAACAGGCAAAACACAAGUUUCAGAAUCGUAAGAAAUUCAGGUCACUAUUCAUAUCUCAUUGUAAAAGAACUUCCUGUUGACAAAUUGUAAGAAAUCCUUGCCAUGGAAAAAUCAUGACUGGGGUGUAGCAUACACUGGCUGUUUUUAAAGGGUUCCAGAAAAGCUACAGACUUUAAUUCCUGGAAUGACUCAAAUAAUUAAAAGUCUAAAUUCUUGGGAGAGAGCAGAGGGGGUAUGUGCUGUUUUGCAAAACAGACUUUGUAGUUAAGGCUAUUUGAGUAGACAAAAUCCAUGAAUUUCAAAUUUCAAAAGAGUCUCACUGCCUUGAUUGCUUUCCAAGUGGUUGUAUUACCCUGGAGUGUCAUAUAGAAAAUAGCUGGUGUGACACAGCAUAAAUAUUCUGCAACAAACCAAGUCCAGUCAGUUCUAACCUUAGUAACUCUACAAUAAAUACUUAGGGGAAAACACUUAUUUGUUCAAAAUUUUAUAAGAAUGGAAGACAAAAUGGAAACUAAGUUCCAAUGAAUAUGUAAGAAAAUGUCUUCUGAAUUUAUCAAUCUUCUUUUCACAUUUACCAAAAUAGCAUCUCACUUUUACUGUCAUGUUUGGAAAACCUCCAGUUUCCUCAGGCCUCAUGAAAAAUUCCAUCAUGGAAAACAGAACAAAAUACUAAGCUGACAUAUGAGUAAAUAGCCACAGGUGCCAAUUUGUGCCAAGGAAAAAAUCCAGCUCACUUCAAAGAAAAAAAUCAGUUCUGCCAUAGGAUAUUAUAGAGCAACUUGAAUUGACAAGAGAUGCUUAAAAUUAAUUUUGUUUGCUGCCUCUCCCCUUUUUGCUGCUGGGCAAAAGGGGCUCUAUUCGGGGGGACACCUGAGGGCUUGCUGGGCAUGUCUGAGUUACCAGGGUAUCUCAGCCCUAAAUCUGAGCUCCACAGGACUGAGUAAAACAGGGACAAGGUGGCUGAAGAGCUGCCACUGUGCAGAGCACUUCUCCAUCUCAGGAACAUUUUUUUCUCAGGCUUUUAAAUCAUGAGGUUCACAGUUUCUCUAAAAGAAACAAAGCAGCUUAUUACUUACUGACUUGAGUCUGUAAUUUAUAGGUAUUAUCAAACAGCCACCUAGCACUCAAUGUUUGUAUGUAAUUAACAAUGUCAUUUCAGUAUUUAUAGCUACUAUAUGUUUACAUGUAAAUUAGAAAAGCAAUCUUACUUGUUUACAAUAUGGACUUUGGUUUUGGGCACUACCAACAGAACUCAUAACCAAAAAUUCAUAACCAAAUUCAUAGGAGUGUUCGUAUGAAUAUUCAUUCAGAAUUCAUAAGUAAAAAGAGAUAGAAAAGAAGUUAAAUUAAUUUAAAAGAUGGUUAACACAGCAUUCCAGCCUCUUUUGGCUGCAAAAUGAGUGGGAUGGGAAAUGACAAAUGUGUGAACCAUCCUUUAAAGGAAUUUAGAGUGCUUUCUGCAUUGGUGCACAGUAAACCUGGCAGCACCAUUUUACAGUUCUGUAGUUAAUUACAAGGAUGAAGGGCACGUUCAGCUGCUGCCCACGAUGGAACCAUUUACAGGGGAGAUUUCUGGUCAGUGCUAUACACUGGGGAAGGAAGAUAUGUUACUCAUCAGCCUCCUCUGUGUGAGUCAUGGCAGCUUUCAAACAUAUGGUGAUGGUGUACUUUGUGGCCCUUCAGCAUGUAAUAUGAGGUGUAACACUGUGUAGGCAGUGCAUUUCACUUUCAUGGCUAAUUUAUAUUUAUCAGUUGUUCCCAGCUUUGUCUUAGUUUUAAGUGAGGCAUGUGUCAGUUCCUGUUUGCAGCCACAUUAUCUUCAAUAGGUAAACUUUGAUAAAAAACUGCACUAUAUAUGUCUUUGAAACAAUUUCAAUAUAUUCAACAAUUUCAAUAUGUUUCAAUUUGAGCUUUCAUUCAGAUAAUAAUUUUAGACAUUAAGGAAUAAUCUUAUGUUAAAAUACAUGGAUUUAAAAUCUAAAUGCCAUGCAUAUGGCAUGUUUCAGCAAUUCCCUAGGACUUUCCCAGGAGGCUGUAGUUAAUUGGUGUGGCAGAGUGAACUGCUCUCUGUAAUCAGAACACCUCCAACAGUCCAGGUGUUUUAGGUGACAGUGCUGUCAUAGAUAACCAUGGCAGCGUGGAUUUUUUCCUUCAAAGAAAUUACUACAAGCUCCACUCUGUGAAUUUUCCUAUGCCCAGCUGACCACCAAAGUCAAAGGCCAAGGAGUCCUGCUUUAAAUUCUUAUUUAUAAUUGUCCUCUAAAGUAAAAUUGUAGCCUCAGAAUAUCUGUAAUGACCUACAUACCAAUGAGGUAACUGCCUCCUUAGCUGGUUGCUGCAUAAAUUACCUAAAUUAAAUCUAGUCUUUGGCACAAGGAAAACCUUCAGAACAUGAUGUGAUGCAGCAGUGUCUGCCAAACUUGUCAAACUAAUAACAUCCUCUCACUGUUUUUUUUAUACCUAUACUGGUGAAUAAAAAACCUCUACACAG